GACCUAUUCAUUCCAGAGGAUAUUGGGGAAGGGAUCUUAUGGCGUAGUGUACCAGGCACAGGUGCUUGAGACUGGAGAGAUCGUGGCUGUCAAAUCGAUUAGGAUGACGGAGAAGGAUAGGGAGAUCCAGAUUCUCAAAGAGCUGGACGGACACCCGAACAUUGUUUGCCUGAAGGGUGCGUUCUUAAGUCCAGAUGUGCAAGGAGCUCAAAAGCUGAAUCUGGUGCUCGAGUUCCUGUCGGACACGCUGCAUAGAAUCAUCAAACACUGCAACGUGCUGGGCAGGGGUCUCGUGGUCGGCCAGGGUCAGUCAGGACACGGCCAGGCAGCCAAUUUUUGCGCUGUCGAGGGCUCAGCGCUCAAAGAGGAGCAGGGGCGCUGCAAGCUUCUGGGGGCCCAGUGCACAAGGCGGUUCGGCGGCAGAGACGCCACAGGCUGUGAGCAGCUUGCUCGGCCCGACCUGCUCGGCACCCGAGCAGUGCCCGAGAACCUCCUGAUGCACGGGAAGACGCACACGCUCAAGCUGUGCGACUUUGGCACCGCGAAGCGCCCGGUCUUUGGGGAGCAGAUGCGCCCGUACGUGUGCUCCCGGUACUACCGGGCCCCGGAGCUCGUCCUGGGCUGCACCAACUAUUCGAGAGCCAUUGACCUCUGGUCGGCGGGCUGCGUCUUCGGCGAGAUGGUCCUGGGCCAGCCGAUGUUCACGGGCAAGGACGGCAUCGACCAGCUCGUGGAGAUCAUGAAGGUCCUGGGCACGCCGCGGUCCCAGGAGCUGAGGGCCAUGAACCCGGUCUUCCGCGGCUGGACGUCCGAGGACGCAAACGUGCUGGCGGGCCAGCUGCUCAGGUACGAGCCCCUGAAGAGGCAGCCGCCGCUGCACUGCCUGCUCAGCCCCUUCUUCGACGUGCUGCGCGCCAGGGACACGGGGCAGCCCUGGCAGCAGCUGCAGGACCAGCUGUUCGAUUUCCGGGAGGACGAGCUGGUGUGGCUCAGCCCUGCCGAGCGCGAGCAGUUGAAGGGCACAGUCGCAGCGCGGUGA